AUGAAGUUUCUUCAGCUCAACGAAGACAUUCUAGCAGUUAUCCUGCUUUUCGUUGACAAUUCGUCAGCCAAGCAACUUUCGGUUACCUGUCAAGCACUAUUCCCCCUUGCCACCUGCCAUCUCGUCCGCGCGCCCGCGUUUGCCCUCCAUUCGGAUCAAGUCCGCGCGUUUAAGCGGUUCUUGCUGUCAGACCGAGGCCGGAUAUGGAUCCCGUACCUACGACGGAUUGCAAUCAGCAGCGAAGCCUGCCACAAACCAAGAGGCCUCGGCUCCGCAGAAUUUCUCUAUGCAUCACUAGACUAUGGGUUGCCCUCUGUGCUGGCGGAGAUUAUUGAAGAAGCACGAAACCUUGCGAGGAUCGAGCUCUCCUACACCGAACACUUGUUAGUUCAUGGACCACGUCUCAGGCGCGCCCUAGUCAACCACGGUGGAAUCGAGAGCGUAACCUUCAGCGAUGCAGGCCUCCUUGCCAAACGUACUCUUUCCGGGAUGUCCCGUCUUCGCUCUGUGUCUCUGUCUACCACCUAUCCCUCCGAUGUCGUUACGGUUCUGGCACCUCACGCAUCGACUCUGCGCAGUAUCUUAAUUGUCAACACGAAUCCCCGUGCCUCCGCCACGGGUUAUGAAGAGGACGCCGAGAAGACUCGUGCGGAAGAGACGAUAGAGGUCCCGCAAGAUAUUUCCUUUCCGAACGUAACCGAAAUGUGGAUGUACCGUUUGUGCAUGUCUGAUGAGGACUUUGCGCGUGUAUUCCCCAAGGCUCGUCGCUGCAUUGCGUGCCAGCCUGCCUGA